GACAAGUUAAAAUCGUAUGAAAAUGAUUCUGAAAUCAGUACAGACCCUGAUGCUAAAUCUAAUAGAAAAUUUAAGAAAUUAAAGACACAUUCUGAGAGCGAUUUUGAAUAUAAACAAAUUUUAAAAAAGAAAGAAUUAAAAAGCAAGUCACUUACGCCUUUCAAAGUUUCAAGUAUUGACGAAGGCAAAAAGAAUAAUUUACCUUCAUGUCCACAAUUAAUUCAGCCAAAAAAAUUAAAAAGUCCUUCAAUUUUGAAAUGUGAAAAGGUUUCAUUACCUUUAUAUUCGCAAAACAGGAGAGAUCCAAGAAGCUUUGUAAAAAAUUGGUCAUUAAAUUCGCUAAAAUCGACUAUUUCCGCUACCUCACCGAUGUUUAAGAAUUCAUUUCCUGGAAACGCUUCUGCAAAAAUUGUUUCACCAUUGCAAACAAAGUCUACAAACAAAAUAUUCUAUCCAACUUCUAGUCAGAGAUCCAAUAUGAAUAAUAAAAUCUCACAUAUUUUUACUGAUUCAAAUAAAUUAAAUAAGGAAAAUAUUUCAUCACCCUCCGAGAUGGUAUCAAUUGCCAACAUUCCAAUAGCAAAGGCCAAUGAGCAGAUGCAAACACAUGGUUCAGAUCAAAACAUUGCAACACAACAACAGUUUUUUGAAAACCAAAACAUUGAAGAUCGACUUUUUCGUAAGUCUGUAAUAAGGACCUUGACCGAAAUUAAAUUUCAAUUAGCAACUUUUAUUGAACGUCUUGACGAUUCUGAGAAAGAUAGAAAUGAGAUUAAAAAUUUAAUACAAGAAAGAAAUGGUAAUGGAACAGGAACAUUGAAUUCGGAUAGGAUGAUGAAAAUUAAAACAAUGCUUCCACUUAAAGAUCUCGGCGAAUUAGCUGAUUUUGAAACAAAUCUCAAUGCAGAGGAGUUUCAUCAGGAUGUUCUUUCUUAUCUUAAGAAAAUAGGAGGAAAAAAUGUAAAGGAUGCUGUCUUUUCAAUUUUGCGAAAAGUAUUCUGCAAUGAAGUUGCAGCUCAAUUUAGUUGGUUGGGAUGUAAAGGAAAAUACACAUUCUCUUCGUUACAAGUAACCAAAGUCCUUAUGGGUUAAAGUGAAAUAAUGAAGAGGAAAAGGCUUAAUGAUUUGUCAGUUCGUCAAUUUCGACAACGAAUUACCCAGUCUAUGCUUCAUCAUUCU